CACUCCUUUCCUAUUGGCUGUGUAAGAUGUCUGUUUGCGUUCCUUCAAAGCAGAUGAACUUCAGUGAAGCCGAUUUUCACCAACGGUGCUGCCCGAUGAGCGAUAUUGGAAACUGAUCAUCAAACCUGGCAUGGCACCCGCAACGGAGUCGAGGCUGAAUGUGGAGGCUCUGAGUAAGCGAGAUGUGCUGCUGCUCUUUAGUGCUCUUGAGGGAGAGCUGGAGGCCAGAGACUUUGUCAUACAGGCACUCAAGGCCCAGUGCAGAGAUUCUUACAUCUGGGAGCGAUAUGGCAAAUACAACCUGAGCGACCCGUUCCUGGCCCUGCAGAGAGACGGUGAGGUCCUCCAGAGCUCGGGCCAGACCAGGGGAGACAGAGAAAGUUCCUCCCAGAGACGAGAAGGGUUCUGUGGGGCCACGGCUCACUCGGAUCCUCUGGCGGUCCUGAAGCUGGUGGUCGGACACUGUAGAAGGAUGCAAGAGAAGAUGCUGAAACAGCUGGCAGCUGCCGAGACCAGACACAGGAGGGUCAUUGCUGAUCUGGAGGAGGAGAAGAGGAAGCAUGCUGAGGAUACUGCAGAAGGAGACGACGUCACUUACAUCCUGGAGAAGGAGAGAGAGCGCCUCCUGCAGCAGUUGGAGUUUGAGAAGGCAAAGACGUCCAGAAUGGAAAGGGAGAACAAACGACUGUACGAUCAGUUAGAAGAGCAGCGUGUCCAGCAUAAACAGCUUAUGACGGCGCUGAGACGAGAAUGCAAACGCUCCAGCACACGUGCCCAUAAGGAAUCCCAGCGCUCCAACGAAAUCAGCCAUCGCCUCGAUCGUGAGCGAGCGGCCAAUCAGGCUCUGAGGGCGGAGCUCCAGGAAGAAAAGAAGCAGGCUAUGCAAACGGAGGCGAGGCGAGAGGAGCUGCUGGCCGAGUUUGACACUGAAAGGGAGCAGCUUGGGCUGAGAUUAAGAAAAGAGGAAGCGCGCUCCAGAGCACUACAGGAAGAAGUAGAGAAGCUGAGGAGAGAGAUGAACAAUGCAGAAGAGAAAUCAAAUAAGAUGCAGACAAAAAUGAACGGACACCAUGUUCCUAUAGAGGAAGAUGGGAAUUUUGAGAAGCAGGGCAUGUUAACCAAUGGGAGCUCUCAGACCAAACCACAAGCUCACAGCCCCACAAACAUCAAUCAAUCCCCUGACAUGCCCAGCACACAAGCUGCAUACCAGGCUGGCAUCAACCAGCGCUUCCAUGCAGCCCGUCACAAGUUCCAAGGCACCCCUGAUCAAGAUUCCCAGACCCUCUCCUCCCCUCCGAAUAGUCCAUGUGACUUCUCGCCCUCUGGAGCCCAUGUGACUCCACCUGACAACACUUCUUCUAAACAAGCGGCCCGCAGCAGCGUCACACAUGCCCCGAGUCGCUUCAGCACUCAGCAGAGUCCCAGCAAACCAACAUCCCCCAACAGUUCCCCUUUCGGCACAGAUUACCGCACACUGGCCAAUUCUGGGAUGUUGUCUCCCACCAUCAGGUCUCCAACUAUUUCCAGAGGGAACCCACCUCCAGUCCCACCCAAAAAACCAGGCCUCGCUGACACACCGCCUUCUCCGGCCACACUCCGGGCUGCUCACUUGGCUCAAAUGAGGGUCGGGUGAGGACGCUGCAGCAACUCAGAGAACAGCAAAUAACCAGAUCUGGUGCUGUCGUCUAGCGGCUAGCUAGCACAAAUGAUGAACUUGAUCGUGUCAAACACUGUUGAUUAUUAUUUGUAUUUUUUUGUAAGGGACAUUUCAGGUUUUUUAAUGCAAUUUUAGAAUAUUAGAAAUGUAUAUUUUCUCUAAGUAAAUUUGCAAUACUACCAUCUCAGUCAGAUGCAUGUUGUGUGCAUGAAUACAUUAUACAUUCUGUAUCUUACCAUGAGAAAAAUCGCCUGUUUAUCACAGACAGUCACCAGCUUCAAUAAAUAGUUUUAUAUAUUGUCAUUCAAACAAAUAUAUAUAAACACUACCAUUAAAUAGUUUGGGAUUUUUUUAAUAAUUUACUACUUUUAUUAAGCAAGGCUGCAUUAAACCGAUCAAAAGUUACAGUCAAGACAUUUUUUAACUUAUAUGAUUAUUUUACAAUAAAUGCUGUUCUUCUGAACUGUUUUCAACAUUGAUAAUAAUAAGAAAUAUUUUUUGAGCAGCAAAUCAGCAUAUUAGAAUGAUUUCUGAAAAUCAUAUGACACUGAAGACUGGAGUAAUGAUGCUGAAAAUUCAGCUUUACCAUCACAGGAAUAAAUUACAUAUUAGAAUGAUUUCAAAUAGAAAUAGUGCACAUCACAUGAUUGUGUAUCUGAUCAUUUUAUCCUUCCCUGUCAUCUAGUUUAUACACUGAACUAUAAUAUUUAACAGAUCGCAUGAGCAAACAACCCUUUGAUUUCUCACAUAGCAGUUUGUUUUGUAUAUCUAAAUAAAGGUACUUGAUAUUUAGCCUAA